GGAGGAGGAGGGGGAGAACUUUGACACUGAGGGCCAAAGGACAGGUUUACCAGACAGGAGAGGAUUCAGAGAGAGAAAGACAGACUUUAGACUUCUGAACUAGUCAGUAACAACACGCCUGUCCCUCAGGCAGAGGAAAAAGAAAGAGGCGAAAGAAUGAGAGAGUUGAUUAUCUAGAAAGGGUGCAUAGCUUCUCUGUGACUGUGGUGGGAUUGUAUGUUUGGGAGCCUGAACAUUUGGAUUCAGUAUGGAUGGGAAUUCCUGCUGUGCUUGUCCGAUGGGGAUUAUUCCAUGAAUUGCUGGCUCUCGUUACUGAUAGCUGAUGGCGAUGACAGCCCUGUUCAGAAUGAAGUGGGGACAUAAACCUCAAGUGGUCCAGCCUAAACCUCAGGCGCCAGUGCCCCAUCUGCCCAGCGAGGAUGAUGAGGAUGACGACGACGAGACAUUGUCCAUGAGAGCUCCGAUACGCAGGAAUUCACGGUUUUACCGUUCAAUGAGAAAGAAAAAGUUGUCUUCAUCUUCAGAACAACAAGAAAGCCCCACUUCCUCUCCUAAACCAGCAGUGGACCCCACCUCCUACAAUAGACUCAGCCCCUCUGCAGCGAAUCGACUUCUACCCUCUCCCAGAACGCAUCAUCCACCUUCUCGUUCUGGAAUCUCGUUGCCGAGCAACGGGAUUACUGUGCUGGGAGGAGUUCGCUCUCGGUCUCCUUUGGCGACGCCGGGAGGUUGGACGCGUAGACAAGAAAUGGAAGAGCUGAGUGAACGGACGACAAGUGCCUGCACUAUGCAGGACAAUGACAUUCACACCACUGUCGACCCUGACAGCAUCACACUCCGGCUGGUGAGGAAUGGUGAAAGUCCGCAGAAGAUGGCAGUAGAGAAUUCCUGCCGCAAUUUCAACAUUGUGAAGAGCGUUGAUGUUUUGUAUCAAGAGUACAGAGACACCUCUAAGCAGCAGGAGAUCGAGCAGCGUCGACAGAGAGAUGGGCUUCCAGCUGCAGGGUCAGGGGUCACGGCUGCACCCGCAUUGCAGCUACAGCUGAGGAACGGCAUGCAUUCACUGAGCCUCUGGCAAAACCUGGAGGUUGUGAAAGACAGUGGACUACUGAAGACCCUAGAGCCAAAGGAGAUCAUAGUGCAGGAGGCCAUGUUUGAACUGGUGACCUCUGAGGCAUCGUACUACAAAAGCCUGGAGCUGCUGGAAACUGACUUUCUACGAAACCCUCUGCUUGUUAACACCUUGAGUCAGUCUGACAUGCACUUCCUGUUCUCCAACAUUAAGGACAUCAUGAAGGCAAGCGAGAGGUUCCUCAUGGAUCUGGAGCACAGGAUCGAAGAGUCCAUCCUGAUCUCAGACGUGUGCGACAUCGUUCAUUUUCACGCUGUUAAACACUUCCAAGUCUUCAUCAGCUACGUCAUCAACCAGGCGUACCAGGAGAAGAACUACCGACGGAUACUACAAGAAAAUACUCUUUUCCGAGAGAAUAUAUCCAUUUUGGAGAAUCAGCCAAAAGUGAAGGGCCUCUCGUUUACCUCCUUCCUCAUCCUCCCUUUCCAGCGGAUCACACGACUCAAACUACUUGUUCAGAAUAUUCUGAAGAAGGUGGAGGAAAAUUCAGAGAGAGAAAAGACUGCAAUAUUAGCUCAUCAAGAGCUGGAAAGGAUUGUGAAGGAGUGCAAUGAAGGUGUGAGAAAGAUGAGUCGCACCGAGGAGCUGAUCAGCAUCGAGAAAACGCUUGAAUUCAAAUCCAAGUCAGUGCCGGUGAUUUCUCACUCUCGCUGGCUCCUGAAGAAGGGAGAGGUGCAGCAGAUGUCUGGACCCAAGAGCACCAGGACCAUGCGCAGCCGCAAGCUCUACCACCCCAUCUACCUGUUCCUGUUCAAUAACCUGCUGCUCAUCACCAAACGCAGCUCCAGUGGAGAGAAGUACCAGGUUCUGGACUCCUGCAGUCGCUCCAUGCUGAGGACUGAAGACCUGGAGGAUCAGGGUCAGAUGCUGGCCUCGGUGUUUGUGCUGAAACUGCUGGAGAACCAGGAGGACAGAGAAGUCAGCUACAUGCUCAAGACUGAAAGCAUAAGCGAUAAACUGCGCUGGAUAUAUGCUUUGACUCCAAACCGUCGUACGAGAUUCCUCUCCACCAGCACUCACCAACCAGAUUCUCCACAGGUUCAGUGCAUCCAGUCGUACUCCUCUCAGGAACCUGAUGAGCUCUGUGUAGAAAUGGCUGAUGUGCUGCACAUUCUGGAGUGCACCGAUGAUGGCUGGAUGUUGGGUGAAAGGUUACAUGAUGGUGAGCGAGGCUGGUUCCCCAUCCGUGUGGUGGAGAGGAUCAUGAGCGCAGAAGUUCGGGCUCAGAAUCUUAAAGAGUGUCAACGGAUCCAGCAGGCUCAGGAAGGAGCGCAGGGGGCCAGAGCUGCCUCCAGGGGGCGCCGCCAAGCCAAAAGCCCCCAAUACACUCCCACCUGGACUGACCUGUAGAUAAGGAGCAAGAAAUGGCAUCGCAUAACCACCACAACCAUCCUACGUUCUCCCAUUUCCUGACCUGGAAGCGGCGCCCCCUAGAUGUCGUGGCGAACCGCUAGUCAUUCUGUGUCCAGUGUUUUAUUGAAUACAUGUCCGGCGUCACACUGAGGACUCAACAGGGUCGUGGAAGAGCUCUUGCACUAUAAGCACGUGUGUUUCUGAAUCGCUGCUUCCAUACAGUCCUAACACGCUGUCAGCAUGAAGGAUUUCAACUUCCGCAAUCACACACGGGGACACAUUUGUGGUGAAGGAAAAUAAACGCUACAUCAGGACUUUUGUAAAGUC